GCACAAUUAACACAACAUUUAGACAAAAUGUGUAGCUACUUGUGAGAUUAUGAAAUAGGAUGUCUGGUCUUUUUAUUUAUUUACUUGUUUUUUGCUGUAAUGGAAGUCUGUUGCUCAUGUAAGCACAGGCAGCACGAAAUCAUGGGAUCACCUGCAAGUUGAACAUGGAACGAGCAGGGGAUUCUAACGUUAAUCAUCAUGGUGGUACUCAGAGAGCUCAAUGUUUUCUCAGGUGGUACAGAGUAGAAAGAGUUUGAGAACCACUGGUCUUAACUACAACUUUUGUGACCAGAGGCAUCUGUGAAACAAAUUAUUUCUAUGUUUGUACAAAUGCAUCUCACACACAAAAUAUUUAUCUAGCAAAAUUAUGAUUGCUAUGACCUUGUUAUAAAGGAGUUUCAUGAGAAAAGACACAGGUGUAUCUGAUCAAUAAAUCCUACUUUGCUUUUCUACCUCUUCAUGAUGUACUUGACAUUUUCAACAGAUGAUGGAUCUGGACUGCAGGCAGGUUAGUCAAUCACACACACCUUUCUGAUGUUUGUGUAUUUCUAUUGAGUCCUUGAGGCUCUGUCCCCCACAGUGGCAUGAAUCAUGGUCUAUGGGGGUUAAGUUCAUUUAGAGCAGUUACUGCACUUGGCCCUGAUGCAAAUACCCCCCAACUUUCCAAAUCUUUGGUGAAUGCUCCUGUUAUAUUCUAAACCCAAACCUGAUUACAGGGGUUCCUAGACUUACAUACCAACAUACCUCGAUUUUUGUUGUACCAAAACAGUACACAUCAUAAAAUAGGACAUAAAACCAUCUGGAGAGUCUGAUGCUAUGAAGCCAUAAUGAAGGGCAAAACAUAAAUAAAAAAAAUCACAAGCAAAAUAAAGCAAAUGUAGCACAAUCCAUCGUACAACCCCCAAAUUUAAACAAAGCCAUCUUCCACGUAUGCCAUCUGCCGCUCCACUCCACUCCACUCCACUCCACUCACCGCCUACUUCCCGUGUGAACUAGUUGGCAAGGUUUUAUGAAAAAUGGCAAUGUAUCCGCAAAAGACCACAGGUUGACGGCGUAACAUCCAAAAUACAGACGUUAAUAUUCAAAACAUUCUCAGAAUGUUUCCAAACUUUCCCUGGAAAUGUCGCACGUGUGCUCAUCACAAGGAGCCUGUGCAGCAGCAGUGUAGACGCCUUUGCAUACUAAUUUGAAAAUUCCCUUCCUACCAUGUAGCCCACAUGCAUGGAAAUUUUCACUGGGCCAUAGACAUCACCUGUGUUCCAUAACUCAAUAAGAUCAGAAGCUAAUUUCAGAAUAAAAUGAGAUUGUUAAGGUCAGCAACAGCGAUGAAACAUCGUCUUGCUCUUCUCUGCGUGCUUGGGUCUUUUCUCAACAGCAGCAUCUCCAGCUCACAGUUUCAGCGGGAUGGAGAUUAUCUGUUGGGUGGACUUUUCAACAUUCAUCAUGUCACCAGCCCUGUUGACCGUAAAAAACCAGAAGCUAUUCACUGCUCCAGUCACCCUUUCCUUCUCGCAAAUUAUCGAAUGUUCCAAAUCAUGAGAUUUGCCGUGGAGGAAAUAAAUAAUUCCACCAAGCUGCUGCCAAAUGUGUCUCUGGGCUUUGAGUUAUUCGACCACUGCUCAGACAUUCAAAGCUUUCCAGAAAUUUACAAGCUAAUCUCAACUGAGGGUUUAGUCCAUGGUAGGGUUAAAUCACACAUACAUAAAAACACUUCUAAAGUGAUCGGAGUGGUCGGUGCUUUCUCCUCCACUCAGACCCUGACUGUCGCUCCACUCUUGAUGAUGGAUUUCAUGCCUAUGGUCAGCUAUGGAGCUUCAAGCUCUGUAUUGUCCCAAAAAAGUGUCUAUCCUUCCUUUUCACGCACAGUCAACCCAAACGCACACGUCAUAAAGGUAAUCAUUAGUAUCAUCAAACACUUCAAGUGGCGCUGGGUGGCUUUCCUCAACAGCAACAAUGAUUUUGGCAUUGACGGAUUGGAAAUAUUCAUUAAUAUGAUUGAACAAACGGACAUCUGCCUCGCCUACACCAAAGGUCUGGACGAGAAGACCAACUUCUCCCAACUUUUCAAACAAAUCCAUGAACAGAAAAUACAUGUGCUGAUUGUUUUUGCCCCUAAUGCAUAUGCUGAAGCUCUCAUUGAGUCAGCGAUUCACCUGAAUAUCAAAGACAAAGUCUGGAUAGGAGAUGACGGCUGGACCCUGAACAGGAAGCUUCCAAGGAUGGAAGGAAUCAAGAAUAUUGGAACAGUUCUAGGGAUCUCUCAGUCAAAAGUGACAAUUCCUGGAUUCAGUGACUUUGUUUAUAAUGCAAAACAUCACAAUCAGUUUGAGGAUGAGGAACAGCAAGAGUUUUGUAACCAGGUUUGCAACUGCAGCAACCUGAGUGCAGAAGAUGUGGCCACUGCAGACCCCUCUUUUUCUUUUUCCGUAUAUUCUGCUGUAUACGCCCUCGCUCAUGCCUUACACAGUGUCCUGCAGUGUGGAGUUGGCACAUGUGAUAAAAGCACUGCAGUCUACCCACACAUGGUUCUGGCAGAGCUGAAGAAAUCAAACUUCACACUUUUAAACCAAGUCGUUCAGUUUGAUGAAAACGGUGACCCCAAGUUUGGAUCCAAUUCCAUAGUUUUCUGGAACAAGAGUGGUGAUGCCCAGGAGAUCGGUUAUUAUCAUUUUCACACACUGUCCAGUUUCUUCAUCAAUGACACAUUAAUAGAGUGGUUCACAGGUGGUGAGGUUCCUUCCUCGGUGUGUUCUCCAGAGUGUCCGGUGGGAUACAUAAAAAAGCCGUAUGAAGACUACAAAUGCUGCUUCACCUGUGAAAUGUGUCCACAUGGAACUUAUGUCAACAGCACAGAGGAUCCCUUUAAAUGCUUCUUCUGUGCAGAGACAGAAUGGUCCAAUGAAGCGAGUACAUCAUGCAACCAGCGGAGUGUGGAGUACAUUACAUUCACAGACACUUUAGCUAUAACCCUAUUGCUUGGGGCUUGUGCCUUUGUGGCCAUCACCAUUUUCAUUUCUGUUCUCUUUGCCUUCAACUACAACACCCCUGUAGUCAGAUCUGCUGGAGGACCGAUGUGCUUCCUCAUCCUGGGCUGCCUCAGUCUGUGCAGUGUCAGUGUGUUCUUUUAUUUUGACAAGCCAACAACCCUUUUUUGCAUACUGAGGUUCUUACCCUUCAUUUUGUUCUUCACCGUUUGUAUCGCGUGUUUUGUCGUGCGUUCUUUUCAAAUUGUUUGCAUUUUCAAAAUAGGUGCAAAAUUUCCCAAGAUCCACAACUGGUGGGUGAAAUAUCACGGACAAUGGUUGAUCAUCACGGCUACGUUUUUCACUCAGGCACUUCUGGUUGUCAUCGGCUACGUCACUGGACCCCCAAAGCCUUACAACGAAACACUUCUGUACCCUGAAAGGAUCAUACUGCUCUGUGAUAUCAAUGCGAAUGCGAACUCUGCGUCUGUUGUUUUACUUUUAUUUCUGUGUUCUCUUUGCUUCAUUUUCUCCUACAUGGGAAAAGACCUUCCCAAAAAUUACAACGAGGCCAAAGCCAUAACUUUCUGCCUGCUCCUGCUGAUCCUCAGCUGGAUCUUCUUUGUCACUGAAUACAUGCUCUACCAUGCAUCAUCAAACGUUUUUGGAUUUGGGGAAAUCAUCACACAGCGAUUGCCAUCCAGACGGAUCCAUCCAGAACCACAUGAUCCAUCUUGAUUGGCAACACACUGGUCAGCAUCCCAGGAGAAGGUGUG